AUGGUUUUCUACUCCAACAACACGUUCUGCUCCGCUCCUGUCAAAAUAUCUCCUUGCUACGGAAUGUGGAACUCUCAACUCCCUGGACUGGAAAUUAUCACUGCAAUCGAUGUGGCUGGGCUUAAGAUUCUUCUAAAAGCCGGAGCAGUGGAUCACAUCUUCGAAAAACAUGGACAAGAUUUCGAGUAUGCAGCUAGAGGAGCGUUCAACUUGGAAGCAAGGGAAUACCAAGUGGCCAACUAUAUUAAGGAGAGCAUUCUGAAUGCGCCUGAGAUAUUUAUCACGGAUUGUGGAGUGAAUAGAGCUGACUCCCUGGCGCUCUACUACAAAAGAACGUGUGAUAAAAUGCAUCACCGAUUCUUUUUGGCCCAUGAAGGAGGAAACGUCUACCGUAUCAACACCGGUUACAAAUUGUUCCCAGAGGAGCAAUUAUUUCUACUGAACUGA